AAACAAAAGAAAAAAUACUAAACUUUGAAGUAGCAGACAAGUGUUCAGUUUUCCCCUUUGUUUCUUUCACCUUGUAUCCAUUAACUUCAUUACCUAGCUGACGCUUGUCCUGCAGCUGUCAUUCCUCCGAAACUGCUUGUAAGUUAUUCAAUCUUAACUCCGUUUCCUCACUCAUGAAGUACCGGACAAUAUAUACAAUCCUUGUUCAAGACAUGAACAACAAUGUACAACAAAAAGACAAGGAAACGGUGCCAACAAAUUAAUGCAAAAAGAACAGGAGACCAAGCUUCCCACGAAGCGCCAAAGCAAAUUCCAGGGGAAAACAGACAGCAGAAAGAACAGAGGACUCAAGUUCCUGUAGAAGAGCCAAGACAAAGAACAAAAGGGUGGAGAAGGAUAAGCAGGAAGAAGAAAAAGACUAGGAAAAGAAGACUUCAGAGAGAGAGAAGCAAUGCAAGAUCCAAGGAGGGAAAAGGGGGAAGAGAACAGAGGGUCUUGGCAGCAAAGGGUCCUGAAGCAAGUCCAUCCAGGGCUGGCGAUUUCCUCCAAGGCAAAGACAGGGAUCAACAGCUUCAUGAAGGACAUGUUCAACAGGAUUGCCAUUAAGGAAGGACAUGUUCAACAGGAUUGCCAUUAAGUUCUUGUAAUCUCCUACCUAGGAUGCUGCUAGGUAGAAUGUUCCAAGAUUGUACCGUCUUUUCGCUGUCUUUUCUGUUUUUGUUUUGUUUUACCGUAAUUAAAGGGUACUGAAGUA